AUGUCUCCCAACAAAGCUUUUGAAAUGGGGUUGUUUCAAGCUAGCAAAUCUGGUUGGUUUUUGGGGAUUUGGCUCAAGGAAGAUCCAAGUAAGAUCUCAUUGUGGGUUGCUAACAGGGAUCUCCCUCUGAAGACCGCAACAGUGAAGUUAAUCUGCUCUCAAGAGAACCGACUUUUACUUAUGGGUGAAGGCAAUGCCACGUUCUCUUGGAACAUGUCAGGAAUGGGCAUCAAAGCUGAGCUUAUGGACAAUGGGAAUCUGGUGAUGAGGGAUUCCGAUAAAAGAACUACUUGGGAAAGCUUUGCUUUUCCAACCGACACUUUAUUGCCGGAGAUGAAUCUGAGCAUUGACGGCACAACAAGAGUCCUUGACUCAUGGACAAGUCAAGAAGAUCCGAGAAAGGGACAGUUCUCGUUGGGAAUUGCAUUGCAUGGAAACGAAAUCUACGAGAUUUUUGUACAGUCUUCAUCUUCAGACUCAAAGUCAAAGUAUGGGAAUGAUGUGUGGGAUGGAAAGCGGUUUGGGGACAUGCCCGUAAUAUUACAGGAAAGCCAAGAUUCGUUCACCAUGAAGAAACAGAAACAGUACACAAGACUGACACUGAGCUCACGAGGGUAUUACCAGAUUUUCACUUGGAUUCCACGGGAUGCGAGAUGGGAUCUUGCAUGGUCGGUGAACAACAGCUGCUAUCUCAGUCCAUGUGGGGCUUACAGCUACUGUUUAACAGACACACCACCGAAUCAGGACCCUUUCUGUAAAUGUGUCCAAGAUUUCAUUCCAGUGGCUAAGGGGAAUGCUUUGCCGGGCCAGGGUGCGUGUACGAGGAGAACGAAUACUUUUAACUGCACUGGAGAUGUGUUUGUGAAGAUGCAAAAUAUGAGGUUGCCGCUAACGCUAGAAUAUUCGAGUGAUGAAUCAGAAUUGGCUUUUGAUUUACAAGGAUGUGAAGAGAGAUGCCGUGAGAACUGUGAUUGCACCGCGUUUGCGUUUGUGAAAACCGGAGCGCGAAUAGGCCACUGUGUCACUUGGAUAGGAGUGCUCAACGAUUUGAGAAAAUACAAGAUCGGUGGCCACGACCUCUAUUUCAAACUGGCGGCUAAUGAUUCGGAUGUAGCCGUGGCUACCAAAAAGCCUCCAGGUGGCUUGAAAGCCUGGAUCAUUGGUAUUCUAGUCGCAGGAGGAGUCAUCGUCUCUAUCGCAUUAUGCGUCUUCUUUUGCUUGUGGUGGAAGCAAAAGAAAAGAAACCAACAAGAAGCACCAACGGAAACCGAAAUAUUGAUGAACGAGAUCACCCCCGAAGAUCGCUUCGAAUUUAUGGACCUUUCAACCAUUGUGGAGGCUACCGACAACUUCUCAUCCUCGAACGAACUCGGCCGAGGAGGAUUCGGUACCGUUUACAAGGGAAUCUUACCGAGGGGAAGAGAAGUAGCAGUCAAAAGGUUAUCGACAUUAUCAAGCCAAGGCUUGGACGAAUUUAGAAACGAAGUGACAACGAUUUUAAACGUCCUUCACAGGAACCUGGUCCGCCUCGUAGGUUGUUGUUGUGAAGGCACGGAGAAACUCCUAGUCUACGAAUAUUUGGAGAACUCGAGUUUGAACCGCUAUAUAUUCGAUGAACUCCGAAGCUCACUACUGAACUGGCAAAACCGGUGUCAACAUGAUCGCCAAGAUUUUGAUUUUGGGAUGGCCGCGAUGAUGGAAAGAGGUCAGACACAUGCACAAACAGAGAGAGUAGUCGGAACUUAUGGCUACAUGUCCGAAGAAUACGCUCUGCAUAACGUAUAUUCUGAGAAGUCGGAUGUAUUCAGCUUCGGUGUACUCUUGCUCGAGAUCAUCACCGGAAAACGGAAUGGUGAUCAUUGUAGGUCUAAUCCCGGAGAAAGUUUACUGGGUCUAGCGUGGAAAAUGUGGAACGAAGGGGAGGGACUUGACCUGGUGGAUUCUCAGUUCGUCGACUCCACUUUAGUAGAAAAUGAGGUUUUGAGAUGCAUACAGAUUGGUCUGUGGUGUGUUCAAGAUCGCGUUGAAGAUAGACCAACCAUGGAUUUGGUUAUCGUAAUGCUAAGAAGUACUGACGAAAUUCCUCGUUUUAACGAACCAAAGUACUACUACGCUCGCAGACUUGGUGGAGAAAUUGCUUCGACAUCUUCUUCUCUACCUCGGGAGACCAGUAGUGUACUUACUUCGAGUUAUAAUCAAAUAACUUUGAGUGUCCUCGAUGCUCGAUGA